CGUUCAUUGUAUUUAAUGGUAUCGAUACUAUAGAUACACAUAAACUGAUUUUGACAAAGAAUAUGAACUAUAUUUUUAUAGCAAAAUUUUGGCAAAAGCAUUUCGUGACAUCUUAAAAUACAUUAAAUCGAUCUAUAAGAAGUAGUUCGUAUAUCCUUGUCUUUUACUUUAAUAUCUUGCUUCAUCCAAUGAUAAACUAAAAAUAGUUUACCACAGCCUUGCGCUCAAUCUCCGAAUCCUCAUGUCACGAUCAUGAACACAAUAUACCUAUGACAGACAUCACAGUGACGACAAUGAUAAAUAAUACCAAAGUUAAAUGAUUUGACUUUAGUUCAUUUAAGUGAAGUUGCAGUAAUUUUUUUAUCAGGGUAUGCAAUAACAAUACCCACAUUUAUAUCAUAACCUAAGGACUUAUAUAUUAUUUCGUGAAUUAAUUAUUUAUGUGCAAAGUUUUAAAGUGUUAACACCAGAAGUUUCAUGAAAUCAAGAUGAUGCUCCUUCAACUCAUCAUUAAUUUUGGGCUCUUGAGCUUGGUGUAUUCUUAUACAAAAUAUGGACGAUCAUGUCAAGACAUAGGAUGUCCAAAUAAUCAAGAAUGUGUUAUGCAGACUGAUCCAUGUAAUUAUUAUCAUAGACAAGGAGAAUGUGGUUCGUAUCCAACAUGCCAAAAAAAUUCAAAUUUAGCAAGAUCGUGCUCUAAUUAUGUUUGUCCACCAACCAAGGUUUGUAAAAUGGAUGGUGAUACACCAAAAUGUAUUGACGAUGUCAGCAAAGCCGGACAUGUAGGAUAUAACACACAGAGCCAGCAGUCUCCCGUUAAUCAACAGCAUUCUGUAAGUGCUAACAAUGGAGAAAAGCCACACUUAUAUCCGCAAAUUCCAAAAAGAGGUGAAACCACUCCACGUCCAAACAUUUAUCGCCCCGUGAAUACAGGCUCGGUAUACCCGCAAUCACAGUAUCCCGGAUACCCUCAAUCACAGUAUCCUGGAUAUCCGCAACAGCAAGGUUCGUACCCUAACCAACAAGCAUAUCCUCAGCAAGCUUAUCCUCAACAAGCUUAUCCUCAACAAGCGUAUCCUCAACAAGUGUAUCCUCAACAAGCGUACCCUCAACAAGUACGUCCACAACAAGGAUAUCCACAACAAAACUACCCUCAACAAAGAUACCCACAAGGUCAAUACGCCGGAUAUCCUCAAGGAAAUAAUCGGCAAAAUCCAGCUUAUCCACCAACACCCAGUCAGGGGACGUCAAUAUCUGACAAGAUCACCAGCGGUCUUAAAAACAUAGGUGGAUAUUUAAAUAAACUGGGUCUCAAAUAAUGGAUAACACACUGGUUACCGCUAUGAUAAAAACUGAUGGCAAAACUAUAACCAAUUUGUAUGCUUAGUUCAAUCAAAGACAAUUAUAUAUUUAUAUUAAAACAAUAAUAAAG